AUGGCCAGUGAUAUGCGCGAGUCCCUGCGACUGCCUUUUGAAUUGGAAGGAGGAGCCACUGGCAAGAGUAUAUUUGAAGACUUGGAGGGGAGUAGUUCCAGUACCAUGGUAGACACCAACGUGGUGUCGACGCUGAAACCCAUUCAAGAUGAGUUUCUGGAGUAUGUCAAAGGACAAGAUUCGUUAUCGCAGCUGUCGUUUAGUGUCAAUGACAGUGCUUCCAACAAGACAUUUGAGGAAGUCUAUGAUAUGGGUUCCGUACUGGGAGAAGGUGGUUUCGCUUUCGUGUAUCAAUGUCAACACUUACAGAACAAUCACACAUACGCCGUCAAGGAAUGUCUCAAGAAGGAAACGACCAAGGGAGAUGAAAUCAAGGAUGAAAUUGCGGCACUGCGGCGUGUCAAGGAAUCCCCUCAUUUCGUUCGUCUCUUGGAUGUCUUUGACGAACCCGAUCGCACGUUUUUGGUCAUGGAAGAAAUGAAGGGUGGUGAUUUGCUCGACAAGUUGGGAGAGAUUGAAGUCUAUGAAGAAUGGGAAGCCCGCAAGGUGGCACGGACGCUCUUGGAAGCGGUCGCCUACUGUCACAAACGCAAGAUUGCUCACAGGGACAUCAAGCCCGAGAACAUUCUGUUGCCCAGAGCGGACGACAUUACCGUCAUCAAGUUGGCCGACUUUGGGUGUGCCAAACGAUGGAAGGACCCCAAGGAAAUGGUGACGCUCUGUGGGAGUCCGCAGUACGUGGCACCCGAAGUGGUCGGUGAUGCCAGACCGGAAGGAGAAGGAUACAGUUGUCAGUGCGACUUGUGGUCCGUCGGGGUUGUGCUCUACAUCAUUCUGGGCGGAUACGCCCCCUUUGAGUCGGAGGAUGAACACGAAUUGUUGGAUAUGAUUUGCACCGCCGAUUACGAGUUCCACGAAGACUACUGGCACGAUGUCGAAGAUUAUCCCAAAGAUCUCAUUGAAAGUUUGCUGGUCGUCAAUCCCAAGAAACGAGCCACCGCACGACAAGCUCUGCAAUCGUCCUGGCUGCGACGACGAGACGGAGACUGGAUCAAGGAAAUGGACGAAUCCAGUAGCCACAGUUCGACCUUUGACAUGUGGUUGGAAAAGAGAAAUUCCGCACAAGCGUCACUCAAUGGCAGUACCCAUACAUCGCUGUCGCUGUCCCCCAAGCCCGCCAAGCAGACCCUGUCGUCGUUAAUGGAUAACAACAACAAGGAUUCAGCGGACAAUCACGAGUCGACUGGAAGUUUGGGCAAUAAUUGGUUUGACGAUGCAUCGGAACACGAACGAUCGUUUGCCGGUGAAAUGCAAGAUUCCUCCACUGCCAAUGCAUUCAAUCUGGGGGAUGAGUGCGCCGAGUAA